CGCUCCCACUCUGCAGCAGUCACCGUCUUUAGUGCUUGCGGAGCGGCUGCUUCCUACCUGACCAGACCCGAACCCUGGCUGGACCCAUUGCAGCUGCAGCAGCAUGGCUGUAAACCUAACGAAGAAUCGGCUGCCUCUGCUUGCGGCGUACCAUGAUGUGAUCAAUGAAGAGUCCACCACAGACUGGGCAUUAUAUUCUUAUGAAGAUGACACCAAUGAUCUGACAGUAGCAUCAUCUGGCGGAGGUGGGCUGUUGGACAUCGUCCUUCACUUUGAUAAUCAGAAGGUCCUGUAUGGUUUCUGCAGCAUUAAGGAGGCCCAUGCAUCAUUGCCAAGAUAUAUUUUGAUAAACUGGGUGGGGGAGGAUGUGCCAGAUGCUCGAAAAUGUGCCUGUGCUAGUCACGUCGCCACUAUUGCUGAAUUCUUGCAGGUAAGCAUCAUCAUUGUCCAUGCUAAUGUGAAUGACCUGAGACCCACCUCGGUUUAGCAGAAAUUGUCCAACAAAGAAUUGGUCCUUUCCAGUCCUGUACUUAGUAGAUACCAAACAGGAGAGGACCCAGGGCUGAACCCUGUGGGUACAACCUAUCAGAAGACAGACGCGGUGCUGGAAAUGAAACAGCUCAAUCGGGAGCAGUUCUGGGAACAGGCCAAGAGAGAAGAGGAGCUCCGGCGGGAAGAGGAGAGACAGAGGGCUCGGGAGGAGCAGCUGAAGUUUGAGCAGGAAAGGAUGGAGCAAGAAAAAAAAGAACAGGAGGAGCGGGAGAAAAAAUACCAGGAACGGGAAAAGCAGAUCGAGGAACACAGGAGACAGCAGCAGUUGCUUGAAGCUGAGGAAGCCCAGAAGCGACUACGGGAUAAAUCAAUCUUUGUGGAUCAGGAAGAUGAUGAGUUAAGUCCAUCUAAGAAGACAGAGUCUGAAGUGGAGGAAGCAGCUGCCAUUAUUGCUCAGCGGGCGGAUAACCCCCGAGAAUUCUUCAAACAGCAGGAAAAGGCAGUAUCAACCAGUUUUGAUUCAUCUCCCGUAAACAAUCGGACAGCAGGUCGUGUUGGUAGCCCUUUCUUAAAGACACAGUACAGUCUUCCUGAUCGCCCCUCUUCUCCUCCUCGGACUCCUUUCCCACACUCGGCCCCCCAUUAUCCCUUGCAUCACUCUUUUCCUCCAUCUAUUAGGACAGAUUGUAGCCCUGGGGCUAUAGGAGGAGUCCGCAUGGCAACUGAUACCAGCAUUACCGCCACACCUAUUUAUGAAGAAAAUGAGGAAGCUGUAGAGGAAGUGACAUCAGAGACUCGACAGCGAGGUGUAUCGACUGGUUCACCUAGUGAGGAUGUAUUCGGUGUUGAAAUUCAGAAGAAGGAAAUUAUAAGUCCUGCUUCAGGAGAAAUUAAUGGUGUAGCUUCUUCUGACAAGUUAAUGGAGUUUGGGCUUGAGAGUCAGCAGCAUUUCAGGGAAUGGCAGGAAGAGACAAGACCAGCAGAGUAUAUGGAGGCGUCCUCUGAAUGCGUUGUAGUGGAAUCUGGCACUCAGCAAUCAAAUAACGUGAGGUGGGAUAACUCCCUCAUUCAGGAUACUGUCCCAGCACCAACAGGAGAUGCAGGUCCUCUCCACACAGCAGACCUGGGAUUCAUGGACAUGGAGACACCAAAUAUUCAAUCAGACAAACUUCAGCAACAGAAUGAAAGCCUCUUCCAGCUUGAUGAACCUUCUGGAACCGUACAACAUGAGGCCACCCAACAGAAGACUGAGAACAUUUUAGACCUGUGGGAGAGUGACAGUAGGCAUGAGCCUUCCUGGACAUCACCUGAGGGAAUUACACCAAUGCCAGCCAUUACAGAUUUGCCAAACAAGCAGGACAGUGAGAAUGUGCCAAUGUUGGUAGACUUUGAAGAGACCCCUCAGCUUCCUGAGGGUUUUCAGUUGCCACCAGAGGGCACAGUAGGUGCAUUAAGUAGAGAACUGAGACAGGAGGGCUCUAGUUCCCUCAUGGAUGACAACCUUCUUAAUCUGGAUGACUUACCAGAGCCACCAUCAACGUUUUGUGACAUGGAUCAGGAAGAGAACCCUCCCAGCAUCAUUGAUAUUGAGGGUCCCCAUCAGAUGACUGUCAGCUACCAGCGAGCAUUGCAAGAAGCUUCUGAUACCCUUGACUCUGAGUCUGACUUUGGGGAAUUGAAAGAGAGUCACACAAUAGCAAAUGGAGAGAUGUCACAAAAGGAUGGAACACAGGCAAGUGAAGGAUACUUCAGCCAGUCUCAAGAAGAGGAGUUUCACCAGCCUGAAGAGUCGUCAGCCAAACUCCCGCCACCACCGGCAUUUUAUAACAAGCCUCCAGAAAUAGACAUCACUUGCUGGGAUAAUGACCCUGUCGCAGAGGAAGAAGAUUUUGGUGCGGCUGAUUAAACAGGCUGGCAUAAUCAUCUAAUACAAAUGAAUUCUUGCUUUAAAAAGAAAAAAAAGUUUAAAAAAAAGAAAAAAAAAGAUUUGGCAGUAUUAGGGUUAAUGUUAAAGAAGCAGUAUCCAUCUGUCAGACCAAACGGAAACUGCACCUUCCUGUAGUUACGAAUGGAUUGUUAGGAGUUAGCGCUUUCCCUCAUUGUCUACUGAUUAUUGCAGUUCACUUUUAGCCAUUUAAUCAAGAGGUAAUUUAAAAGCUUGAAUUAUAUACUUGUUUAGCUUUUUUCACCAAUUUCUUCAAUUUAUCAUUGUUAAUAUUCUUAACUGAGUUUGCCUCUCUGUUUCUCUGUCUCUCUCCUUGUCUUUCUGUGCUGUCUCCCCCUCAGCAAAGCUCACAGAGAGGCAGUGACUAAAGACUUUAUUGCCAGUGGCAUUGUAAGCAAUAUCCCUUGCCCUUCAUUCACUCCUAUAAAUGCACAGACACACACACACACACACACUUUUCCUUUUUUUUUGUUUCUCUACAAAUUCAGCAGAUAGCAAGUUAGACAAUACCUUUUUUACCAGCAGUGCUACAGAAGUCCUGCAUAUCAGGUUAAGUGACAACAGCACCACUUUUUGUUGGAUGUUAAGUGAAGUCUCUGUUUUGUGCAACAUUUCACAUUUCUGUGGACAUCUGUAUACUAACUGGUUGCGUGUGUGUGAGCGUAGUCCUUGUGUAACACACACACAACUCUUGGAUGCUUGAACUCCACUGAUGAGUAUAGUGGCACUUUUUUGCUGUGUAUUUAAUCCACAUAGGUUUUUUUUUUAUGUAAAUACUUUUAUCUCAGAAAUAAAACACUUCGUCAGCCUUGUUACCUUUGUUACAAAAAUACAAGACUAACUCAUUUAUUUAUAUAGCAGAAUCAUUUGAUUAUUAUUUACAUUUAGAAGGAGGGUACACUCUGCUGCAAUCAGAACGUACUGUAUUAAUAGCAUUGAAUAGAAUGUAACGAAGCUGAUCCUAGAGUCAGUGAGUGGGCCCCAAUGAGUGUAAGUGUUAAAAAGCAAUCAGAAUGAGGAAUUUCACUCUGUGUGAAACACAGGUAGUGCUAUGGUUAGGUGGCACACUAGUUUGUCUCCUAAAACCAUAAUCAAAACCUUAAUGUGCUAAUGCUGGUGGAAAAGUACCUUUGAAGGAAAUCACUCUUAAAUUAGUUGUGGCUGCAGAGCAAAGUUUAGAAGAUUAGGGUACUUGACAGUUAACUGCUGGUCCUAGCCUACUGUCCAAGCCUUAGUGAAAAUCUGUGUUUUACAGAAUCAGAGGAUGGUGGUGGCUAAAGGCGGUAAAUAAGGGAAAAACAAGUUGCACAAUGAGAGAGAGAGUGGGAGAAAAAAGUAUGUGCAAGAACUAAAGAACAUAUGCUUCUGUGUGCACGGUAAUAAAACUGCAGUUAAUAUGGCAUUAGGAUAUACAAUUUUUUUUAUAUAUAUACAGAACAGUACAGCUGCAAAGCUAGUAAAACUAUUAAAUGUGACUCGUGUGGCUAAAAUGGCCAAAAUGUUGCUUGUGUAAAAUGUGCAUUUUAACAGCGUAGAAAACAAGCAAAAACAAAAUUUUAAAUGUGUUAUGAUGUUUCACCAUUUUGAUGAAUUUACAUACUUCUUUGGUUGAAUUUCUUGGCUUUUCACUUGGAACACUUUAUCUGGCAUUUUGAUGGGUUUACACUGUGUCUUUUUUCACACACUUGGCUCAUUUGCCCAGCGAUCUUUGUAGUUUCAUUCAGGUCAGUGCAAAAUCCAAGGUAAUGAUUUGGAGAUUUUCCUGUCUAAUCUGCCCCUUUUUACUUGUCAUAAGCUCAGUCCCUUUGCUAUUAUCACUUUGUUGCUCAGCUAUUAGUUGACACUCUAACUAUAUUUUUUGUUUUGUCUGUAUCCCUGCUGUUUAGGUUUCUCUCAUCACUCCACCACUGUCUGAAAUCUUAGAAGCAAUCCUUGAUAGAUAGUUGCUUACUUAGUGUGCUCCCUUUGUGGUUUCAGCUAACGGUUCUUCAUUUCCCUAGGUUUCAGUUCUGAUUUUCUGACGACUAUUCUCAACAUUUGACGUACUGCUUGUUGCUGUUUUUUCACUGAUAUAUUAAUAUCCUGACUGCCUGUAAUGUCACACUGACCCUAUCCCUACUUCCUUAGCUUUCAUAUAAUCUCUAAUCAAACCACUUUUUUUUUUCUCUUCCCUAUUCAUACCUCUCAGCCUUUUGGCACAAAAAGUCUGUACAAAGCCAAAAAUAAUGGGAGGAACAACGGCCCAAAAAUAGGGACAGAUUU